GUGCUUAGGAUUUCCAACAUCAACAGUAUUGUCGUUCUCAGUUGCUAACCCAUUAGGACACUAAAACAACUUGAUAAGGACAAAGUGCACAUUCGUUUGCGAGUGUUCAUGUCCUCUACCUCUCAGUUUUAUCUAGUCCCCAACUUGAAAACAACAUAGGCCAGCUCAACGCGUCACACGCGUCUUUGUAAACACCAUCAUGGGACACUCAUCACAAUCAGACCAGGACGUCAGCACAUCACGAAAACGCAGAUCCGACGUUCAGGACCAGAGUAAUGAGUCGCCGCGAAAACGCAAACAGAGAUUUGCAUAUCUCAAACCCCAAACUAGACGUAUCUCUCAAGAACUGGUUCUCACAGAAUGGAAAAGUCUGCCUAAACCGGCUCAGCAGCAAGUGCGUGACAUCUUCUUGACUGCGAAGCGGACGACUUUGAAUCAGGUCCUGGAUGGUCCAAGGAGGACUGAAGCCGAGUUCGUGGUGAAUGACGUACUGCGACGGCUAGAAAAGCAAUUACCGAGGAUGCCCUUUCCACCAAACACUAAGGUUGCGCAUCUAGAUUUGGAUGGAAUCCUUGAGCAAGUUAGGAUUUUGGAGACAGAGAAGGCAUCACUAAACGACUCGGUCAAGCUGCUUGAGGGAGAAAUCGAGCGCGAAGAGAAACGUAUUGAGUUGAAGCGGAAAGAGCUAGCAAGACUCGAGAAGGAAAGCACAGCAGCACAGAAAGCACGAACACAUCGUGCAUCAAAGACACACCCACUUCUUGAGGAGAAUCUGCGCAGGUCGUCCUUGAAUGAUGAUACUGAGAGCAUUGGGCUUGUUACGUCUGCCAGAACGCCUCCCAUCGAUUUCGACGAGCCAGAUGAUGAUCUUGCGCCGUUGCUGUCUCGGUUGCAAAAUCACUUUGAUUCGAUUAAAUCUAAUACCGAUAACUUGACUCAAAUCGAGCACGAGAUGCGGCGGACGCGAGCAGCUCUAAGCUCAGUUCUGCCUCCGCAAGUCUCGUAAAUCAUCAUAAGGCCAUCGCUAAAUCCAUACUUGACUGAAAAAUUCUUCUGCUAUUAGCGGCUCUCGAAGCCUCUCCUCUCUCAAAGAGGGCAUAUCAGACAGUCUGAUUGCUUCAGGGAGAGCUAUAUCCAAAUAGGCCUCCAAAACCACACUUGAAAAGAGCCAGUCCUCUCGAUUACAUUAUUUGAAAUCGAGCCAAGUCACAGAGUAAAAUGGGCCCGCUCGUUCCAACGUCGGUUUGAAUGAAAAGUCCGGUUCAAACCGUCAUACAACAUCAGUUAAUAACCAGCUUCGACACUCUCAAUCCCGCCCAGCAGCAGGCGACUAGUAACAAAGCUGAAUAUGGCCCGUGUUCGCUCCAAAUUUAUGUUGGUGCAGUCGUUCGAUUGUUAUCAAUGGUCACUUCGAGUACAGUUUAUGUGAAAGCUGUCAUGCAGAAAUCUGAAUGGUUGUUGAAUAGCAAGACAAGAACAAUGCUCAAACGUCGCAUGUGUCCAUAAGGUCUUGGUGGAUUGUGCGAUCAUAUGUAGUGCCCACGACUGUUGUAGCUGAGUUUGUUGGUAUCGUUGCUGAUUUUGAUGGGGAGAUGGCACUCUCCAGCGCCACUGAUUUGUAUCGUCAUUUUGCAUAAAAUUGAAUUAAGACCGAUUAAUCGGUGAUUACUCCACAGAUGUUUCAUGACAAAUUCAUGCUUGCAAUCUCCACGUGGAGGUAUACAGGCACAUAGCAACAGAUACAACGAUAUCUCAGCCAUGACAGGCACAGAUGUAUUGAACCCAGCCCAGUUGAGGCCUAGGUAUCG